UGUACUUAGGUUAAUUGUGUGUAUUGAGUUCGGAGGAGGUGGACGGCCAUAUUAGAUAUUCUUGAUGGGUCGAAUCAAAUUUCCCCUGACCAAUCAGAGCGCUCUGGAAGACUUGACCAACCAUGGCACACCAUCUUUGAGCCUCAGCCAAUGGGAACACAUCACAAGAAAUACCCGGGCAGCCCCAGUGGCCAGAAGACCUCAGUUGCGCUACGGAGCUGAUCAAGUGCUGAUGUCACUGAAUUGUCUCUUUGUUCACCAUGUUGUGCGCGCGACCGAGGAAACUUACUGGGUCUAGUGUGGAUUAUAUCAGAUAAAGUACGUGUCGGGUAGAGGCCAGACGAUGACUUGAGUAUUAAAGUAUGUCUGAAGAGAGGCACCUCCCUCUUACUGGAGGUGGGAGUAACAUACAACUUUGUGAGAGGAGUUCCAGGAGGAGGAGGAGUGAGAGUGGGUGUUCACAGAGUGUUUACCAGUGUUGAUUGGUAUUCAGGAUUGGUACAUAGGAGCGGACUUGAGUGCCGAGUUGACAAGGCCUUGAAUGAUUCCUCCUCUACCAGAUCCAUAGGGCCCAUGGAACACUUGGCACCUGUGUGAUUAAUGCCACAGGUACACUUUGUGCCAGCAUGUAGGUGUGUGCUGGGUGAAGAUGCAGCCUUACUUGGCAGCGUUGAUGGCGGCGUUGAGGUAACACUCAGCAACACUGAAGGGAACUAUCAGGAGAAAGCGCCAAGCCAUUGCAACACUGAGACGUCGAGGGGGCCGACCCCACAACACUUGUCACAACGGAGUGAGGUCCCAACAGCGCGCGCGGGCCCUUAUAUUUGCGUCCACAUCCACGUUGGAAGGCUGCUUGAGUGAGGAGAGGGCAGGUGUAUGACGCCAAACAGCUGUGUGAAUCAACACAGGUGUGUGAAGCGGGUGGGGGUCGCGAUGAGUGGCCAGGCGCCCCGCCAUGGCAGCGCCACAACAACACACACUCACUAGCGUCACCUCGCCCUCCACUCUCGCCCUCGGCAGCUCCCCAGCGUCCGCCGAGGCUUAUGGUAGCGGCCGGAUCAGCGGUGUUAAUAUCCGUAGCUUCAUAACGCCCACUGCCUCCGCCCACCACCCGCAGCCCCGCCCAUUCUCGCGUCGCCUCCGCCCUUGUUCUCUCUGUGGCCCAGCUGCUCUCAGACCUCACUUCUCCCUCCCGCCCACUCCCACUCAAGGGGGGCUAGAGCAACCGGUGGUUCUCUUGCACCGUCUGGAGGACGGCUUACCCCAGGGGGAUGUGAACAGUCUCCGAGCCUACGGCACCAUCCGUCUCCUGCCCGUCCACGCCCCGUCACAACCCAGCAAUGUCGCCUCACACUUCAGAAGCGAUCAUGACAGAAGUAAUGAAGGGCAGGUGAGGCCUGCCAUGGCGCACACUGCAGAGGUCGGCGACGGAGGUCAAGAUGAGGACAGCAGUAGCAGCAGCAGCAGCAGCAGCGACUACACCAGGUGGAGCUACAGCAACGGUGGUGACGACAUCCACCAGCCCAGUGUAGUGAAUAGUGACCACAGUGUGAGUGUAACCGCUCGAGACAGCAAGUCAGUGUUGAAUGGCGGAACAACACUCAAAGGUGUCGUUCGACUGCUGCAAGACGAACGAAAAACUAAGAGUGACCUCGAGCACUCGACUGGCAAACGAUCUACCAGUGGGAGAGACCAGGGCCUGAGCAGCCAUGUUGAUCAGAUCAGAGAAACCUCCGUCCCUCACUCCUCAUCUCCCUCACCCUCUUCCGUCCCUCAUUCCUCAUCUCCCUCACCCUCCUCCGUCCCUCACUCUUCACCUCCCUCACCCUCCUCCUUCCCUCACUCCUCACACCUACACGGUCCAUUCACCGUCACGGCUCCCUCACAGUCUUCCCCACCAGCACCCAUACAACAUUUCCCCUUUGACACGCACUCCUCCCAAACAACCUCGGAGCCCACCCCAACAACCACACAACCGUCACUGACAGUCUUACUGCCCUCUCCGACAACCACACAACCCUCCCAGUCUACCACAUCAGGUAUGCCUUCCCCGGCAACCACACCACCCUUACCGACAACCACACCACCCUUACCGACAACCACACCACCCUUACCGACAACCACACCACCCUUACCGACAACCACACCACCCUUACCGACAACCACACCACCCUUACCGACAACCACACCACCCUUACCGACAACCACACCACCCUUACCGACAACCACACCACCCUUGCCGACAGCACCACCACCAUUACCGACAACACCACCACCUUUACCGACAACACCACCACCUUUACCGACAACACCACCACCUUUACCGACCACUCUAGAACCGUCAUCGACAACCACACCACUUUCACCGACAACUACACCACCUUCCCCGACCACUCAACAACCUGCCCUAACAGAUGCAAUGUUACCAAAUGCAAGACUCACAUCUGUCUCUCAGUCACAUCCCCAGACCUCCCCACCGUGUCUCCCAGCCUUCUCACCUACUGUGUCGCCUCCCUCCCCACCUCCUUCCUCUCCACCAGGCUCGGAACAUGAAAUGUUACAUAAAACUUCACCAGUCUCUGAAUUGUUGCCGCCUUCCUCUCCAUACUCACCAAGAACUAUAUCAUCCUCCUCCUCUGCAUCUCCCGCUUCAUUGCCUUCUCGUGCUGACUCACCUCCUUCGCCUUCGCCUGAGUCUCUGCCUGCCUCGCCUGUUCCCUUUGGUUUAUCCCAAGACGAGGCUCAUCAGUGUUCUCCAGAGCCUGCCUCAACUGUCCCCUCUGGUCUGUCUCAAGACGAAGAACAAUACUCCUUGCAGCCUGCGUCCCCCAUCACCACUUCCGAUCUGUCACAGGAUGAGCUCCCACAUCUGAUUACCAAAUUUGCUGAACCCUCAACAGAUGAAGUCGAAGACUUGCCCAACUCUCAGGUGGAGGCGUUGAAAGAGGGACAAACAGAAGAUUGUCAAACCAAACCAUUAGUGGGCACUGAAGUCGAAUCUUUGAUAGGCAGUGAAGUGAAAUAUUCAGAUGACACUCUUGUUCAACUUUCAAUGGAUGCUAACAUUAAUUCCCAAAUAGAUACUCAGGUUGGACUGCCAAUGGACGCUCAAAUGAACCCAUCAAGUGUUAAUUGGGUCAAAUCAUCAGUGGCCAUUGAAAAAGGGGCACUAUUGGAAGGUGAGGCUCAAAUGGAGUCAUUUAGAGGAACUCAGGGUGAAGUGUUAGACGCUCAGCAUGACGAUGGAGAGACUGUGGCGGGUGGUGAGGCAUGCGAUGGGGAACUUGAAUGUCAGACAAAGGAGUUAGUGCACGAACUAAUGAAUUAUUGUGAGCAAACUGACUCUAACAAGGGACCAAUGAAGUUAAAGUUCAGGUUAAGACAUAAGACUGACAGUCAAGUACCUCUUGUUGCUGAGAAAAAGGAGUGCAAUAAAGAAAAUGGUAUUCCAAAGAUAGUGUUAACUCUAACAGGGUCUGGGCCUAAGAAGGAAUAUUCUUGCUCAAAUAGGUUAAGAAGUGAGGACCAAAGCUUUUCGGAUGUAAACAUUACUAACAAAAAGCACAAGUCAAAGAAAGAUAAAAAGCAAAAACUACGAGAUAAGGAAAAAAUAAGAAAAGUUCCCAAAGGAAAUAAGCACAAACGACACCUUGAACUGUUUGGAGAAGACAGCACUGACUCCUGUGAUGAUAGUAACAAGUGCAAUGGGGUCAAUGAGGAAGACGAGGAACUUCCAGUAACGACAGAUAAAGAAGACAAGAGUCUUCAACUUCCUGUGGCUUUCCCCACACUGGGCGAGUCUCCUGAGCGUAGUGAUGGCGAGCUCCCACCCUUCCCUGCUGCAAGGGAGUCCUAUACCUUCAGUGUCAAAGUCGAGAAAGUUUGUGAACAAAUUAAAUACAGCUCCACUAAUGAAUCAUUGGAUGACUGUCUCUCCGAUUCUUUGCCAGAUCUAGAACCUCUCCCUUCUCUUGAAGACACAGAAGUCCCCAAGAAUGGAAACAAGAAGGCACCAUUUCUGAAGAACAUUAAAACCUGUGCGAGUACGAUAAAGGCAAAGCUUAGAAAAAAGAGACCCCGAAAAAAAUCACUACCACGAGAUUCAACUGAAGAGGAGUUCCCCAGUGUUGCCUCUCAAAAUGCUUUACUAGAAGAGGACACUAUUCCUGCUAUACAUACCACGUCAAGCAGUCCUUCGAGUUUGCUCAAAAUUAUUAAGAAAUCGAGCAAACAGACGGGGAAUGAUCCAUGUAUGAGCAAUCUAGGUUCUGCCUUAAGAAACCGAAAGGAUAGGCAGGUGAAGAGCACAGAGUUGGAUCAGGAUUCAGAUUCAGAUGCUUGUCUGAGGGUUAGUUUCGGCUUUGAUGGUCCAGUUCCAGUUCCUACAGGCAAUAUGCCAGGUUUAGAACCAAUCACUGACAAUAUGGACAACUCAGAUACUCAGAAGUUAAGCGAAAGUGAUCUUGAUACAGAGUCUUUUCUAACUGAUAAACCAUCGUGUGAUUUAGAUAAACUUCCAAAAGAUAAAGCUUGUUCCAUUAUGGCCACUGAUAAACAUGGUCAAGAAGGAAAAUACUCUGAAGUAACUACAGAAAGGACAGUAAACUCGGUUGAUCUUCUUGUUGAACAGAGGGCAGAACGUCUUGUGAAGGAAUAUAAUGAACGACAGAAGCAAGUUCUAUCAAGUAAAUCCAAAUUACACCCAUCAUAUCCUCACGUUAAGGAUUUGUCACCGAAAAUUAAGGAUGUAAAAAAUGACCAAGCGCAACCAAUAUCAUCAGCUCACAAGACAGAAGAAUUUGGUGAUAAACUGCAUCAUUCAUCACAACAACAACACAAGUCAUCGAGUAGUUCAGAAACGAGGGAACACGCAGAGUUGGUCGAUGCUAGUCAAUCACAUAGUUCACCUCAUGAAGACGUUUUUGAAGAUGGUGAUACUAGUCAGGAACCCAGUGCAAAUACCUUGGAUUAUGGUGCCAGUACAGAUCCAAACACUGAAAGUUCAGAGAAUGUUGGUGUGGAUCUUUGUGAGAGGCCCGGAGAGCAGAGAAAGAGUGCUUGCGGUGAGGAACUGACACCUUUGCAGCGUCAGACAACUUCAGCUAUAGUCUCUUCUCCAUUCGAUGAAUGUACCGACUCACUCACCAUCGAAGAGCAUCCUGGCAGCUUGGAGAACUCGGAAAGAUCUCUAAGACCUCAUGAAUUGGUAAACAGUUUUAAAAGUUUGGAAUCUGAAGAUGACAACCAGUAUUAUCGACCCAAGAAAAUGCGUAAAAGAAGUGAUUCAAAAUCGUCCCAGGUCUCUUCAAGUGAGAGAGACUCUGUAGAUCCUUCACUUGACCCCCAAGAUUCGGAAAAAUACUGUAUUGUUGCCUCGGAAGCCGAGAAUCACCAAGCAUAUGAAACAUUCCUCAUCAGUGAAAACCAAGAUGGUGACAAAAGUACCUUAGAUUCUGACACUGCUGCGCUGGUCCACUCGGAAGCACUUUCGACAGACACUUGUGAGGUAGACGUUAGAGGUUCCAAAGAUAGAUUGGAGACAUUUGAGGUGAAAAUGGACACACAGGAAAGCGUGCAUGAUGGUGUGCCAGAGAUGGACAGUCUGUCGAAAUCCUUUGCUUCCACUCCUCAGAACCUUGAAGGUGAGAAAGGACAGAAGAGGAGGAAGAUGCAAGCAAAGGCAUUCUGGAAACAGAACCCUAAGGUUGAGUUACAAGAUGAUUCAAGUGACGGGUCUCUUUCUCUGCUUCUUGACGGAAAGGAGGAGGGAAUCUCAGAUAAACAUGACAGCACAUCAAGAGAAGACAGUUUAUCUUCCAAAGAAGAUUGUCAAAAGCAAGAUGCACUCAACAAAGAAGACAAGGAGAAAAAGAAGAAAACGAAAAGGGAGAAGAGGAAGAAUGGCUCAGAUUCGGACAGUGAUUCACGUAGCGAAGGUAACGUGAAAAAGUCGUGGGCACUGCAGGAGGCGCAGCUCCAGCGGGAGGUGCUUCAUGAGGAGGAGAGGGGACGCCGCCUCGCACAGGAGAUAAAAGGCUUCAACUGGCUGGAGCAAAAAAUCAAGAACGGCUCACUGCUCUCUUCUGGCUCCACCCCCUCCACACCUUCAACGCCCUCAACACCCUCAACGCCUUCAACACCCUAUACGCCCUCAACACCUUCCACGCCUAGUCUGGCCACUAAAACCCCAAGUACUUCAUCGCUGUCUUCAGAACCUCAGACUCCUUCAUCCAUAACCCCAUUUACUUUCCACGCAAGGAAGGAGGAGGGGGACACAAAAAAAAACUUGCUGAGUGGAAGUAGUGGAAGCACUGGUUUCAGGAGACAUUUGCAGACAGCUGUACCCCCACUCACUCCAUCAUCGAGAGUGACAGCUUUGCCAAAACGUCGCCUUUCACCAACAAAUCUACCUCCAGCAACAUUUUCCACCACUACAGCUGCUUACACUUCUGCAAAUGUUAACAGUAUGACUGUUCAGGGUACUUUAAAUACCAAUGUGCCAACGUUUUAUGGGUCUACACAGGGGAAAUCUGAAACUGUGUUUAAUAAAUCCAGUGGUGCAGGGGACUCGACAGAUUCCAAUAGAGCAACUCUAUACAGUAGCACUACCUGUAACAAGGCAACACUUUAUAGUGUUGAUAGUGAUAGUUUAGAAGCAUUUUAUGACAGUGUUAAUACUGGUAACUAUUAUGGAAGUGCAAACAGCAAUAAUGUCAGAAUUAAUAAUGAUGCCAUCACAACUACAUCCAGCUACAAUGGUAAGAAAACCUCGGCAUCCGUCCAGCCAGCCAUGCAAUCAUUAUCAAGUGCAAGUUCUAAUCCGUCCGUCAUCACGACAACAGCAACUGCAGUGACAACAGCUGGAGAGUGGCCACAACAAAAUAUCAGACAUUUUGGAUCACCACAAUACAACAGCUCAAACUCUAGCUCAUUUGUAGCCACAGAUGCAGUGCAGCAGUCUUGUGCAACCAGCAUCUGUUCACAAACUGCAAGUUCGACUACAUCUGCUGCUUCCCAACGGUUCUCACACAAGCAUACUCUUCUCCGUCGUGCUUUCCGUGAAAUGUUAAAGAGCGAUUCUGAAUCAUCACCAGAGCCGCCUCUAACAGAUAAAUGUGUCUUCAACUUUGAUGUUGCUACCAGUUUACCAAGCAUAACUGAAGGUGCAUCAAGCUUUCAAGAGUCAUUACCUGGAUCCACUUCUCUUCCUGAGAGUUCAAAAAGCAUGCCAGAUACAUCAGUACCCACAAAGAGCCUUAGAUUCUCCGAGUCAACCACAAACAUUGAUAAAAUAUCUGAAAGUAGCAUUUCACAAGUUAAUAAUAAAACUGACUCUAUUAACCAGGAAAAUAAAUUGACAAAUACUGCAGAAGGUACAUUUAAAACUGAAGAUUUAAAGAUUUUCAACAAAACUGGAGACACAAAGACCAAUAAAGUACAGAUGAUUCAAGAGUUAUCUGAAACUGUAGAGAACAAAGUUUUGGAAUCCAUAACAGAUGUUGGUGGCAGCUUUGAUGUUAGAUCUCUAAAACAUGAAAGCAAAUCUGAAAGUGAAAUUCCAGGGAAAGACGAAGAUAGAGAAAUGCAAUCAGCAUUGUUGCUAUCAGUCCUCUAUAAAGAACUAAUGAGAACACGGCAAGAAGUUGAAAAACUGAGAAAAGUACAAGAAUUAAUGCUCACAGAGAAAGGAGAAAGAAAAGAUGACAACACACAAGAAAAUAGAAAGGAAGAAAUUUGUGUAUCAAGUGAUGAAACAAAAUCUGAGAAGAGAAAGUGUUCAGAAGAAUCUAGUGACAAUGAGACAGUAAUGGAAAAUAAAGAACUCGGUUUACAGCCAGAGCCCAAAAAAUCAAAAAUUACAAUUCGAAGUGAUCUCAUAUCAUCAGGCCAUAAUACUGCAGAAACGAUCCAAGCAACAGCAGCAAAUACGUCAGUUCUUCCAGGGAAUAGUCUUUCAAAAGCAAACACUAGUCCAUUAGUAUUUCCGACAACUGAAGUGCCACAGACCUGUCCUCAGUUGUCAGAGCAAAGUUCAGAAUUAUGUGUAAUUAGCCUAGCAAGCUCAUCACCACAGAUAAAUUAUUUGUUAUCAAGAACAAGCCCUGGAAUGUCUAGAACUAGCCCAGGGUUAGCAAGAACCAGCACUGGAGUAUUAAGAACUAGUCCUGGGCUGCCUAGGGCGAGUCCUGGGCUGCCUAGGGCGAGUCCUGGGCUGCCUAGGGCGAGUCCUGGGCUACCUAGGGCAAGUCCUGGGUUACCAAGAACUAGUCCUGGGCUGCCGAUGGCUAGUCCUGGGCUACCGAGGGCUAGUCCUGGAGUGCCAAUGGCUAGUCCUGGGCUGCAGAGGGCUAGUCCUGGAGUGCCAAUGGCUAGUCCUGGGCUGCAGAGGGCUAGUCCUGGAGUGCCAAUGGCUAGUCCUGGGCUGCAGAGGGCUAGUCCUGGAGUGCCAAUGGCUAGUCCUGGGCUGCAGAGGGCUAGUCCUGGAGUGCCAAUGGCUAGUCUUGGGCUGCAGAGGGCUAGUCCUGGAGUGCCAAUGGCUAGUCCUGGGCUGCAGAGGGCUAGUCCUGGAAUGCCAAUGGCUAGUCCUGGGCUACCGAGGGCUAGUCCUGGAGUGCCAAUGGCUAGUCCUGGGCUGCCGAGGACUAGUCCUGGGCUGCCGAGGGCAAGUCCUGGAGUGCCAGUGGUUAGUCCUGGGAUGCCAAUGCUUAGUCCUGGAGUGCCAAGAGGUAAUCCUGGGGUGCCAAUGGCUAGUCCUGGGAUGCCAAGAGCAAGUCCUGGGGUGCCAAUGGUUAGUCCUGGAAUGUCGAGGUCUAGUCCUGGAGUGCCAAUGGCUAGUCCUGGGGUGCCAAGAACUAGCCCUGGCCAACCAAGAAUAAGUCCUGGUGCAUCAAGAUUAAGCCCUGGAACUCUAAGGACCAGUCCUGCAACAUCACAGUCUAAUGUGAUGUUACUGCAGAAUAGUCCAAUAAUGUCACAGAAUUCUCACAUAGUGUCACAGUCAAGUCAUGCAAUGCUUACAUGCCCUACAUAUUCAGCGAGUGGGUCUCCUGCGCAAAAUGCUAACAUUGCUUUACAAAGAGUGUCCACUUUACAGCCUAAUACUAGCCCAGGGUCAACUAGAUCUAUACCUGCAAUAACUUGUGCAAGUGGUGUAAUACCCAUAACUAGCCCUAAUACUUCAGUAUUACAGACAAAUCCUGCAGUAUCUAGGACAAGCCCAGUAAUAUCAAAAGUAAACCCCAUGCCAAGUAUUAUUCCAGUAAAUAAAUCGGAUAAACAAUUAUCAGGAAUGAGUCGUAACAAAUUGCGUACUGUAUUUGGUAUUUCUAAUUCUGAAGUAGAAGUAAUGCCUGUAUCAGUAGGAGGAAAGUUUCCUCUUUGUGAACCUCAUCCACAGACUUACCUAAAGCUGGUUGAUGAUCAUCAACAGCAACAAGAAGCUUCUCUUCUGUUAAGUGCUGUCAAGGGAAUAAGACGAGAUAGUGCAUCAGCAGAUGUCGAAGUUUUGUCCACACAUGGACCUUCACAUUUCCAUCAUUCAAGAGUUCCACAUGAGGAUCCCAAGAGACUCCUCCAUUCUCAGUCAUAUGAUGGAGAAAUGAAACAAAAUACUUACUCCACUUCUGACUUAACAGAUUUAUCAUCAGUCCAAAAACAAACCUCAACAAUGAAACCAGCACUUCUCAGAAGGCAUUCAGACAACCUUGACAUGCAUCAAGCAAAUUCUAUGAUGCAUCACCUCAUGUAUCCCAGUGCACACACAAAUCCUGCCAUAUCUAUUCAUUCUACAAGCUCCUCAUCCACAGAACAACAAAAGAGUGCAUCACACUAUUCAUUUGCUCAGCCACAAUGUAGUCCAACACAGUACCCCACACCUGUUCAAUCUAUGAGAAGAAACAGUGAAAGCAGCUGUACAGAAAGAUCUAGGGACUAUCAGCAGGCUGUUGCAAUGAAUAUGCAGCAACACCACUAUCCACAGCAUGUGAAUCCUACUGCACCUAUAAUGAGAAGUCUUGGACCAGAUAAAGCCACUAUCUUUCCCAUACCUGCACCCAUGUCUACAGUUAUUCGCCCUUAUAAGCCGCCCACACCACCACCGUCAUCACGAAACAUUUUGGAACAAUAUCAGAAUGAGAAUUUUUACCGAUCAAACUUGCCAUUUUUUGAGAGAAUAAGAGAGAACAUUCAGCAAUCUUUUGAUACCAGAAUAGGCUCUUUAGACAGGGGAGGUCAUGUAGGUCAGAAGAGACCACAGCCAGCAAGCCAAACUGUCGAAAAACCUCUACAUCCACAAACCUUUGCACCUCGAGUACUUGUCCGUGAGUCCAUUCCAGAAACACCAGCACAUAUGCCUCCUCCAAACUUUUCUUCCCCACAUUACGCUAAUGCUAACCAACACUUGUCAGGUGUUAUGCCCAAUCAUCAUGGUCACUAUUCAAAUAACAUGCAUUCAAAUUCAGCUAUUCACCACAUGACUCAAGCUGGGCUACAUCCAAAUAAUCAAGUUCCUUCGUCUGUUAUUGCCAACGCCGCCACCACUCAACGCAACAAAAGCAGUAGUGGAAGUGGUACUGGGGAGAAGAGGCAAUGUCUCAACUGCCCCCAGCCAGCUCGGUUUCUAUGUUCAGGGUGCAAGAAAGCUUGGUACUGCUCAGAACAAUGUCAGCGAGACCACUGGGGUGUCCAUAAUACAGCAUGUGUUCCGUGAGCAGCCGGUCCCUUAUAGAGAUAACCGAUGCUGUACACAAGCAUCCAGGUGAUUAAUAAGAUACGGCUGCCACAGUCUCUCAAAAGUGCGUGUGAUGACUUCAUGUUUCCUAAUGCUGCGUGACCUGACUUAGUUACAUAUGAGUUGCAUAAAUUGUGAGGCAAUAUAGUUACAGGUUUAUGCAUUUGGCUGUGAAAAAGCCUUUAUAAUAUGAAUAUGCAUUGUAAAUUGAAUAAGAGUUUUAUAAAUACCUGCAACUGAAUUUUUUCUUUUUAACUCUAGCAGUAAAAACUGAUAGUUGCCAUAUUAUUAAUACAGAUUAAGUUUGUCUUUGGAAAAGAGGAUUUUUUAAAAGGCUCUUAGUAUGUUGAAAAAUAACUAGUGUUGUACUGUACCAUAAUAAAGUAAAGGAUCGAUAACUUAUGACAAAGAACAUACAUUAUAAAGAACCACUUGGAAAAAUCUCAAUGUCAUAAGAAAUGCUGUUAAUGAUGUGAGCACAUUAUGCUUUAUUUAACUGGUUAUGUGAAAAUGUUAAAAAUGUAUACGAAUUUUAGCAUAUGAUAUGUCACACACACACACACACACACACACACACCAAAAGGAUGUCAGCGGUAUAUACAAAGCUGGCUAUGCAAGGCUGGCAAACAUAAGAACUGCUUUUAGAAAGUGUGUAAGGGAUCAUUCAGAACCUUGUAUACCUCAUGUGUCAGUCCAAUACUGGAGUAUGCGGCUCCAGCGUGGAGUCCACAUCUAGUC